AUGAGUUUAUAAACGAGAUCAAUGGAAAGAACAUCAGCCGGCGAAAAAUAACAAACUUGGCAAUAAUAUAGAAUUUUUAUAGAGGAAAUGAAUACAUUAAUUGGAUCAGCUUUAGUGGAGGAAUUUAGAAAUGAUAAUGAAAACGAUAUUAAUCCAAAUAUCAUUGUUGGGAAUGGAGAAAGUUUACCCAGAGGAGCUACUAAAUUAAUUAAUGCUGCAGAUCCAAAAGAAUUAGGCCAAAUAGUAUUAGAUAGUGAUAUUGUAAUAUUUCAUCAGAAUUAUUGCAGAGCAGAAUAUGCUUAUAAAUUAUUAAAGCAUGGGUAAUUCUAGUAGUCGAAAAUCUUUAUAUUAAUAAGUAAUCCUCUGACAUGGUCUACAACACCAUUAAAAGAUAGAAAAAAUGAUGAAACUGCUAUGAGAUAGUCUAUGGGAGGGGAUGCAGAUGAUCAACCAUUUUUGAAAAAGUAUGAUAAAUUUACAGAAAAUGAUCUCCCUACAAGAAAAAUACAUUUCUUAGAAAGAUUAAAGAAUUUAGAGCAAUAAAUAAUAGUUUGCGAUAAACCUUAAUUGCAUGCAUACGUAAUAACUCCAGGGUUAGUAUAUGGAAAUGGAGAGGAUAUUUUAUAUGACUUAUUUAAAACUGCAUGGAUGACACCAGAUGCAGAAUUGCCAAUUUAUGGAGAUGGAAACAAUAUUAUCCCUAUGAUUCAUGUUAAUGAUUUAGCCAAUAUAGUAAAUAAAACAGUUACAUUAACCCCAAAUGAAAAGUAUAUUUUUGCAGUUGAUUAUGAAAAUAUGACUUAGAAGAAACUAGUAACUACUAUUGCUAAAUCUGUCGGAAAUGGUCUUACAAAGAAUGUCACAACUCCUACUGAAAAGAUGUUAACCAUAAAUAUUUGGCUUAGACCAACCUAAGUAUUUGAGUCAGAGGAUCAAUAUAUUGAUGCUAAGAAAAACCCUAUAAUAAUAUGGCAAUGCAAAGAAGGAUUUGCAAAAAAUAUUUUAAAAAUUAGGGAACAGUUUAAACUCUAUAGAGGUUUAGAUACUGUUAAAUUAAUCGUGCAUGGAGGAACAGCUUCAGGAAAAUCAACCCUUUGCAAAUAAUUAGCCAACUUUUAUAGAAUUCCUCACAUAUAGAUUAAACCCUUAAUUUAAGAAUUAAUUGAACAAUAAUCUGAAUUAGGAGAAUUAGUAAGGACUACUUUAUAAUAAGUAAAAGAUCAAAUGGUUGCAGAAGCAUUAGCCAUUUUUGAAGCUGAGAAGAAAAAGAAAAAGGUUCCUAAAGGUUAACCAGAACCUGUUUUUGAUCCCUCGGGCAUUUAACCAAGACUUCCUGACUCAGUCUUAAUAUAAAUUUAUAAAUGGAGAUUGGACUAAAAUGAUGCUUAAAAUUUAGGCUAUGUGUUAGAUGGUUUUCCUAAAACAUUAGAAUAAUAUGAAAAAUUAUUCGUCAAAGAGGAAGGCUAACUCAUUGAAUCUAUAAAACCAAAAGGUGUGAUUUAUUUAGAAUACCCAGAUGACUAAUUAAAAGAAAGAUCAAAAUUAAUUAUUGAUAAUCCUAGAUAUACAGAGGAGUAAGUAGUCAAAAGACUGGCUAAUUUUAGAAAGAACAAUGAAUAAUUAUUAUAGUAAUAUGAGUAAUUUGACAUAAAACGAAUCUCGGAUCAAGAAAGUGCUUUUGAAUAAUCAAAGGAUUUUAUUACUAGAAAUGGACCUAUUUUAGUGUUGCAAGACGUUAAAGAGGAAGAGGUAGUUUAGAUUGAAGAAUAAUAAGAUGAUUGCACACCUUCCCAUUAGGUUUCUUCUCUUCAACAAGAAAAGGUUGCUGCUGUUUAAUAAUCAUAAGUUCAAUAAUCCUAAGUAGGACCAAAAAAAAAAGGAGAUUAACUAAAUAAGUCAAUCAAUGAAAGUAGAUUAUCAAAGGAUAAUAAAAAGUUAACAGAUGAGCAAAAGCAAGAUCUUAUUAGACAAUAGGAAAGGGAACUUUUAGAUUAACGAAGUCAACCUUUAAGACAAUAUUUGGCUGAUAACGUUGUUCCAUUUUUAACAGAAGGAUUAAUAAAUAUAUGCGAAAAACACCCUGAAAAUCCAUUAUAAUUUUUUAGCUGA